AUGAUCUGGACAUGCUAUGCAAACAAGAGCAGCCUUCUCACUGUCCCCCUUCUGUCUUGCCGGUGGCUAGCUAAGCAGGCCUGUGACAGCUUGGCAAGAAAUACCGUGCGCGAGAUCCGGCAUUUGAAGCGUGCGGACGGUCCUGCGGCAGUGCUGGCCAUCGGGACAGCAAACCCGCCCAACCGAUUGUCCCAGGAGGAGUACGUGGAGUACUACUUCCGCGUCACCAAAAGCCAACACCUCACGGACCUCAAACGCAAAUUCAAGUUAAUAUGUGACAGGACUGCCACGGCGAAACGUUUCUUUCACCACACGCAGGAGCUGCUGGACGCCCACCCCCGCUUCUUCGACGGUGGACAGGACAGGCUGGAGAUCGCCGCUGCCGUUGCCCCGGAGCUCGCCGCGUCCGCGGCCACCAAGGCCAUAGCCAAGUGGGGCCGUCCAGCGACCGACAUAACCCACCUCAUCCUCAGCACCAACUCAUGCGCCCUUUCCCCGGGCGUCGACCUCCGCCUCGCAUCCCUGCUGGGCCUCGGAUCCUCUGUGGUCCGCACACUGCUCCAGCUCACCGGAUGCUCCGGCGGCUCCGCGUCGCUGCGCCUCGCCAAGGACAUUGCCGAGAAUAACUGUGGCGCCCGUGUCCUGGUGGCAUGCGUCGAGCUCAGCGUUGCUGCCUUGCGGGGGCCAGAGGAGAACUACCCCCACACCCUCAUUAGCCAGGCAAUUUUCAGUGACGGCGCCGGCGCGGUAAUCGUCGGCGCUGACGCGGUGCAUCCACUGGAGCGCCCGCUCUUUGAGAUGGUAUCCGCAUCACAGACCGUGAUUCCGGACACAGAUCGUGUUGCCGUUAUAAAAACCGGGGAAGGCGGCAUCUACCACCAAUUGUUUAUGCAGGAGCUUGCCCCUAUAGCUACACACAACAUCGAGAGGUGCAUAUCGGAUGAGCUCAAGCAGCUUGGAAUUGACGCCCAAUGGAACGACCUCUUCUGGGCAGUGCAUCCUGGCGUCACCGCACUCUUGGACAGCAUCGACCUGGCUCUCAUGUUGGACCCAGGGAAGUUGGCAGCAAGUCGGACCGUGCUGAGGGAGUACGGGAAUAUGCUCAGUGCCACAGUGAUUUUUGUGCUUGAUGAGCAGCGGCGCCGAAUGGAGGAGGACGGAGAGGAAGGUGUUUGGGGUGUGAUGCUGGGAUUUGGACCGGGGUUCACAAUUGAGACUAUGGUGCUGCAUGCGACCACAAAUCUCAAGCAAAAUCAUGCUAGAAUGUAG